AUAGAGACGAGCCUAGGCCUCGCGGAGCUCAUCCAACGCUCCAGGUAUCCGGCCUGGGCUCGAGAUCAGAACUGUUUGGAUUUAACAGUCCGUGGACGGCCGGAGUCUGAGAGUCCGGUGACCGGGCUGUGGUCUAGUAUAAAGGCGGGUCCCAGAAGAAGGGGCGGGGCGUGGGAGAAGCCUCCCGGCCCGCCCCGCAAUGUGGCACCCGCUAGCCCUGUUCCUGCUGCUCGCCUCUGCCUCGGUGCCCCCCUCCACUGCAGCCCCGAUCCGCGAUGCUGACGCCCAGGAGAGCUCCUCGGGUUUUCUAGGUCUCCAGAGUCUCCUCCAAGGCUUCACCCGGCUUUUCCUGAAACCCCAGGAUGACCUGCUGCGGGUCAUGGACAGCUUCUUCUCUGCUCCUAUGGAUUUCCGGGGCCUCCCUAGGAACUACCACCAAGAAGAGAACCAGAAGCACAGGCUGGGAAACAAAACUCUCUCCAGCCACCUCCAGAUUGACAAGGUGACCAACAACAAGACAGGAGAGGUGCUGAUCUCUGAGAAGGUGGUGGCAUCCAUCGAGCCAGGAGAGGGGAGCUUGCAGGGUGACUGGAAGGUACCCAAGAUAGAGGAGAAGGAGGCCCUGGUGCCUGUGCCAAAGGCCGUGGACAGCUUCCACCCGGAACCCCACCCCCGAAUGACCUUCUGGAUCAUGAAGCUGCCACGGCGGAGGUCCCACCAGGAUGCCCAGGAGAGCAGCCACUGGCUCAGUGAGAAGCGGCACCGCCUGCAGGCCAUCCGGGAUGGGCUCCGAGAGGGGACCCGCGAGGACUUCCUCGAAGAGGGGACCCAGAGCUCCUCUCAUGCCAGGCUGCCUGCCCGCAAGACCCACUUCCUGUAUAUCCUCAGGCCCUCCCAGCAGUUAUAGGGGUGGGGACCGGGGAACACCUGCAUGUACCCCCCCACCAGACCCCGCCCCAGCCACCAUAUGGAAAUUAAACUUUUUCUUACAUCCA